GUUGGAAUUUAAGGUAGAAUAUGGUGGAAACUCGAAUUUAUUAAGGUCUAAGUACUGAGACUUUCCAUGAAACAUACGGUUGCUCCCCAUAUAGUAAACACUAUCAAGUGAGUUUCUUGCACCGAUGGAGGGAUUCCCUUGGCGGAUUACCUUGUUCACUUUGUUCUUGGCUACCGGCGUUUUCUGUCGAUCAGGAAAUCAUAAACGUGAAGGAAAGACCAAACGAUAUCAAUUUCCCUUUCUCGCCGCAAACGAAAUUCCUCAGUCACAAUGGACUGGUUCGUUAUCACAAGAGCCGGUGGCACAACAGUCGCAACAGUCCUCGCUUCCAUUCUACGACAACCAAAUAAAUCAGUCUCCUGAAGGAAGCUUCACUGGGCAGCAGAAUCAGCUUAUGUCCUCACCUGCAGUGCCUAUUGCCACAAACGAAAUGUUUGACGAUGCUACAAACCGAGAUCAACUCACCUCCACAAGUCUGUCAUUUCUACAAAGUCAAUAUGAAACACACAACUCACCCUCUAACGCGAAUAAGGUGGAUUAUUUUGAACCCAACGAGAGCCAAGAAACACCACCUUAUUUGGAUUCAAAGCAAUUCGCAGACAAUGGACCAACAAGGGAAGACUUAAAAACAAUCCAACCCCUCCUCGAGAGUGAGAAUGACAUCGCUAAAGCGAUUAUCAAAGAUUCGUGGUCACAGGAUACAGCACUUUCAUCUCCGAGACAAGCUGUCAGCGAGGGUCUGGCAACUUCACACCAAAUGGCUAACGUCGACUUGAACAACAAACCGGUUCUAAAAGAAAACCCCUCCAAGCAGGUCACCCAUAAUAAUCUCAUUUCGGACGAACUAAUUCACAGUGCCUUAUAUCAAGAAAAGCCUUCCAAGCAUGUAAACCAUAGUGAUUUUGUUUCAGACCAGGUCCUACCACCUAGCUCGAAUAAACAAGACCCAUCGUUUUCUUCACAAGCAUCAUUUUCGUCGUCCGCAAAAACAGUUAAUAAAAUUCCCAGUGACGACUCAUCAAUAUUGAUCACAAACUCAACAAAACACCACGGACAAGAUUUAGUGACACCAUCGCUUAAAAUGAUGCCAUCCUUUGUGAAAAAUGAUUCCCUAGAGGCGAAUUCGUCUACUUCAGAUUCAAACAACGAAUGGUUUUCCAACGCCACAAUAGCUCAGGAAAAUACCACUGAGGCUUCUUCUAAGAACGACCAAUCAACAACGAAAGAAUAUACGGCAGCCGAUUAUUUACAAAGUCUUUAUCCAGAACUAUCGGUCUUCAAAGCACCGUUUGAAAUUGAUGAAAAGAAUCCAUCCGCGUCGAAGGCUUCGUUUCUUCAUCAAUCAGAGCAUUUGUCAUCAUUGUCAUCAUUGUCAUCUUUGCUUUCCAGGAAUCGAACAGUUCACGAUAACAACUCUCUGACUUCAAUUAAGCUGGGUACUAAAAAUAUGAUUGGGUCGAACAAACUCUCCCCAGAAAUGCAACGUAAAAUUCAAAAGGCCCUCCUUAUGUCUUUGUUGCAUUCAACUAAGUCCAGGGAGAGAUCCACGGUAAAACACGGUUCUCAUAUACGGGGGUACCUGUCUUCGGCAUCGGACAUGCUCUUGACAAGAUCGAGAAAGCUAUCAGGUAAGGAAGCACCAGGUUACAGGUAUCUAACAGAAGCUGGUGCCAAACUUCUGCCUGCGCAUAUUUUCUCACCACUUGGGAGUGAGUUUAAGGACUCACUAGGCUCCACUUCUCCUCCAUCUAAAUCAAGCCCCUUGCCACAGGUCCAAGCAAAUAGCAUACAACCGACAGAAGCAACCGCUGCUCCAAUUGAGCCAACCCAAAUGGGAAUAAUUCAGCCAAAAACUAAUGCUAAACUAGAACCUACCGGCCCUCCAGCCAUUGAACCAACGCAGGGUGGAAUGGUUCCUAGCCCACCGAAGGAUUCAGCCCAGAAAGAUACAAUUGGCGGAAGCAGAAUAUUAACUAAAAAUAGGGAAAAAGCAUCACUUUCGUCACACACAAAGAAGGUGAUAAAAUCGACGUUUGACAAAGUAGCAGCUACAAAGAACUCUGAAAAUCUAAAAAAACAGCCUGGAUUUAUUCCAUCUCUAGCUGUGCCAACCGGGGCUGUGCUGUCCAAACCGGCCAUUUUAACUAAGGAGAGAUUUCUACCCUCUGAAAGUGAUUAUGUGAAACUGAAGAACAACGUGUUUGAGAAAGAUAAUGAUGUAAAAAACAAUUGGGAAAGAAAAAAACCAAAGAUUAAUUCUACUAAACAAAGAUCAUCCUCACAUGAGAUGACAGCAGUUGAAAAGGGCCAGGCAGAAUCCUUAGUGUCUCCCUUGCAGGAGAAGGCAAGGCCAGAAAGUCAGAAUUACCUAGGGAACAGUAGAUUUCACGUCUCAAAAAAUCCUGUGUCAGACCUGUCACCAAAUCACCCCAGAGAACGAAGACAAGUACUACUCCCAUUGCCACUCCUCCAAGGGAAUGGAAAUCCACAACAAUUUGAGCAAUCGUUGUUUCCUGGACAACUUCCUGAUCCACCCUUUCUACCCACUUUGCCACAGCUGCAGCAACCAGUUCCACAAUAUUUACCAACGCAGUCUUUACCUGGUUUCUUACCACAGUUUGCCCCUGCUCCUCAAGCAAUGGAUCAACUUUCAUUGUUAGGACAACCAGACGCCCGUUCUCAAUUUCCUCUGCAACAAGCGUUCAAUGACCAAAUCCCUCAAAAUCUAUUUGCACCUCAGCAGCCAUUUCCAGACUCUGGAAUCUCCUUUCGUGCACCACCUCAACCCUCACUACAGCAACUCAGCAGCACUUUAGGUUUGACUCCCAUUCAACACAUCUUGCCUCAGCGGGUUUCUCAAACAAGAAGCGACUUCGCACCGAACGAGCCCAUGAACUCUUUUGGUCAAGACCUGUCACCCGUGACCGUCAAUGUUCCCAUGGCGGCGCCGCAAAAGAUUCCAAGUUUUUUGACCGCAAGUCAGGUGUACAAAGACUUUGAGGAUGUCAAUUCUAGGUCACAUCUGUCAGAUGAUAUUAUUAGAAGUCAAAGUGAUCCCGCUAGAAAUGAAUUUACUCCAGAGGAUGAUCAGUUGCCAGAAGAACCGAAGUACGACAAGUUCGCUUACGAAAAUGACAAGAAAAUGUGGGGAUUAGACAACGGCUACAACGAGGACGAGGAUAUUGAUGGUAUGGGUGCACACAGUAGGAAAGAACACCGAUUACAUCACACCUUAGAAUAUUCAGAUGGCAUUGACGAAUCGCAUCCCACUUCUAAACUGAGGUACGGCUCAGGAGGUAGAAGACAUUACCGUCCCAGACCUUUACAGAGCGAACAUUGGGUUGAUGAGGAUACUGCUGACCGACUGAAUGGAAAAGAAAUAAUUGGACAUAAUGAAGGAAUAGAUGAAGAGUUAAACGAUGUUGGAGCUCACCCUGCAGAUGAAACGACUGAAAAUGCUAUAAAAGAAGACUCGUACCAGACUCCCCAUCACAAACAUCACCAUUCCCUGAAGUACACUAGACCCAGUUCAGACGACGAAGAAGGUGACGAUGCCAUUGAAAACACCAAAACAACGGAAUCAGAAACAGGUGUACCAGUCAGCGAUACUGACACAGUUGAACCAGACACAGACUCGUCUGAAGAUGGCGAACAGGAUCACCAAUCUGAGGCAAACACCUCAAAUGACAAGACUGAAAGGAACGAGGAACUUCAGGAUGGUUUGGAAGAAUCUCCAAGUGAAGAAACUCCAAGUGUUUUCCCUUCAACUACCUCCUCAGUGUCCGCACCCAAGCCAACGCCAGGGCCACCUUCAUCAUCCAUUAGAGAAGAAAUAAUCAGGAAACUGGCUAGAAGUGCUGUUAUGCACUUGAAUUUUGACGGGAAGCCUGUCAAGCCUGACGAUAAGGUUGUACAUGAUCAGUCUGGGAAUACAAACGACGCUGAUCUUGCCAACGGAGCUGAAAUAUCAAACCGGACAAUGGGUUCGUGUGGUCGUGUUGCUGAUCUUAAACACGGUGAAGUAAUGUACAAAGCUAACCACUUCACCAGGAAACCGACCAAAGCAGCUUCCAUAGCCAUGUGGAUUAAGUCCCGAAAGCCUGGUCUCGUUCGAUGGUUUGAUGUCGACGACGGUAAGGAAAAGGACAGUGCCAAGAAAAUGGUGAAAGUUCCAAAGAAUCAGUGGAUUCACCUGGCAGGAACUUUUGACUCUAAGGAUGGAGUUGCAAGAGUUUAUGUAAAUGGUAAACUGAUUUCUGAAACAAUCGGCAAGAAAAAUAAAGGUCUGCCUGACGAUUUUACGGCCACGGGAAUAGGACAGAAAUUUGGGGAUAAGUUCAUCUCCUUUCUAGAUGAUGUUUUCAUGUUUGAUCGAGUUAUAACCCCAGCAGAAGUUAAAAUGCUCUAUAAAAAGUGCGAGUUUAAUCGAAUGGUCCUGCACUACGGAUUCCAAAAAGCGAACGUGUCUACUCACCAGGUAAUGGAUCAGUCAGGUCUGGAUAACAAUGCUACUCUGGAGGGAGGAGCACACAUCUUAAACAGUGGUUGUGACAAAUGCGGCGCAUGUUUAGACGCAUCCAACGAUAAAAUGCCAAGUGUGUACCUGGAUGGGAGAAACUUUCACCACAAACCUACUACGGCUAUUUCGAUUGCAUCCUGGAUCAGUUUGAACCGAACCAAGGGACGUCAUUCUAUAUUCCAGGCCGUGAGUAACAAAUACAACGACGAAUGGCACGACAUUUACAACUUGGAGGUAGUAAACGGAAAACUUCACUGGCGACACAAAACCUCAAACGGUGACGUAGCGUUUAACGUCAAAACUGACGAUGUCGCCAUACCUGAAGGGCUCUGGAGUCACGUGACUGCCACGUACAGUUCAGAAUCCGGUGACGCAAAGAUUUACGUGAACGGUUUGCUGAAAGGAACUUAUGGCAAUCCCCGAAAACCAAAGCUUUCCGAUUCUUGGGGUCGCAUUUUAAUAGGGGGUCAUCUACCUGAUGGCAAAAAUUUUGGUGGCCUCUUGGAUGAGAUUUUCAUAUACAACUGGGAACUGGAUCAGUCUGAAGUGCGCUUUGUGUUAAAAUACUGCGCUGAUAAACCAAAGCUUGUGUCCUUUACGGUGCGUGUGCCGCUGUUCAAAAGACAAAGAGUUCAGAGUGCUCCUACAGCCUUGCGAUAUUUAUAGUCACAGGAAAUUUGCAAAUAGAGGGCACGUGGUAAUAAUGUUGAAAACAUUUGGAAAUGGGUUUUGAGAAAGCCGCACGCUCUGCAGCUUUUCACAGGCUGACAAUUCGUUAUUGAUCGUUGAUAACUCGUUGCAAUUGCUAAAAUAAAAGUGAUAUUUGAGGUUCGACCAUGAAAGUUGACUCUGAAUCAAAGAUACAGAGUUAGUAUCGGAGGCUCUCAAUGGGUUCAACCCAUAGCCGUAAAACGGCCGAAAAGUUUAACCUUUAGGCGUAAAAAAUUGACAAAUUUUAAACGUAAGUCGUAAGAAAAGUUAACCGUAAAAAAUUUCUGGUGACAACAAUGGAAUGUUAUAAACCGUUAGUCAUAAAGCCAAAAUUUUAACCGUCAGCCGUGAAAGCCGUCACCCGAUUG